AUGAAUUGCAAUAAUAAAAGUGAGACAAAUGGACAAAAAGUGCAAAAAUCAAAGUUUUAUACAAAGUUUACUUCAGAUAAAAAAUCUUUCGGUGCUUUUCAAUGGUUAUUAAAUCAAAAAAAGAAGUGUCUCUCAAAUUCAAAAGGAUUGUCUGCAAAUGUUUCAUCAAAUAAAUCACAACAAAUCAAUGCCAGCAAUAGUUUGGUCAAUGAAAAGUCCGAAGUAUUAGAUGCAAACAAACCAUCAAAUUGUACAUCAAAUGCAAUUAACUACAAUCAAAGUCAUAAUCAAACACAACAACGAUUGUCAACACUUUCGCAGAUGACUCUCAAUCGAAACUGUCGACCCAUUUCUACUCCAAAUUCAAUUGAAAAUAUUAAACUUAAUCCAAACAAAUUUAAUAGCAAUGCUAUAAAUGCUGGUCUUUGGACACUUCCUCGAAGGCCGAAAACAGAGAAGAUUGAGUCAAAUACUUGUUCGGGUAAUUUAAUUGACAAAACUAUAGUCUAUCAGAAAGGACCCGAUAUUAUAGGUUUGGGAUUCAGUAUUGUUGGUGGCGUUGACUCACCUAAAGGCUCAAUGGGUAUAUUUGUCAAAACUAUAUACCCGAGUGGACAGGCGGCACAAUUUGCUAAUUUAUUCGAAGGGGAUCAAAUAUUCAGUAUUAAUGGCCAGUCGACUGAAGGCUUGACUCAUUCGGAAGUGUUGGCAAUAUUUAAAAGAAUUAAAAAGGGAGAUCUCGUCCUACAUAUUGGUCGCCGACCAGAUGUUGCUCUAAACAGUGCUAAAAACUCCAAAUCGUGUUCAAACCUCGAUCUCAUUUCAUGAGUUAUAUCGUCUAAUAUUUAAUGGACAAUAACUCUAACU